AAAGUUCUUUACUGACGUUUACAAAUCAAUAAAAAUAACCUAAAAAGUGAUGUUUACGAAAUCCAUUAUAAAUUAUAACAAUUUAACAAUAAUGGUUUAAUAGCUUUAAAUUCCUAUCUAAUAAUCAUUAAAAAUAUGGCUCCUACAAAAGUGAUACUUUUGGCAUGCGGGUCUUUUAACCCGCCAACAAAUAUGCAUUUAAGAAUGUUUGAAAUAGCCCGCGAUCAUUUACAUCGUAUGGGCACUUACCAGGUUAUAGGGGGUUUAAUAUCACCUGUACAUAAUGCCUAUGGCAAAAAAGAGUUGGAAUCAUCUACACAUCGGCUAGCAAUGACAAAAUUGGCUCUGCAAGGGCAUGAUUGGGUUAAAUUGUCGGAUUGGGAGUGUUUGCAGGAGACCUGGAGCAGAACUAGACAAGUAUUACAGUACCAUCAAAACAAGAUUAACUCAAUUUUGCAUACAAAUAAUUGUGACGAUUGUAAUGAGGACGAUAUAAUGUGGGUGCCUGAUAAUUUGACAAAUGGCACUACAGGGACUGUUAGGGUUAAGUUGUUAUGUGGAGGGGAUUUAUUGGAGUCUUUUGGUACUCCAGGGUUAUGGGCUGAUGAGGAUAUUAAUGCUAUAGUCGGACAACAUGGCCUAAUAGUAAUCACAAGGUCUAAAACUAACCCCCUGGAGUUUAUUUACAACUCAGAUUUACUUACAAAAUACAUGGCCAACAUAACAAUAGUAACUGAAUGGAUACAAAAUGAAAUAAGCUCAACUAAAAUAAGACGUGCUCUAAGAAGAAGCGAAUCCGUAAAAUAUUUAUUACCUGAAAAAGUAGUUGAUUAUAUUUACAAACAUAAUUUAUAUGGAUCAGAAAAAACUAAGUAUUUGCAUGCCCCUUACCCGAAUAAUUACGAAUUUUUGACCCCAUCGCCAUCGGAUUUAACAAUGGAAUCGCCAAGCCCAACAAACUGCAUGAUUAUUUGUAAUAAUAAUUUAUUUUCGCGUCCCCCAACAUACGAGAAACGCAUGUCCAUCGACACAGUCGACUCAGGCAAAGGCGACACAAAAAAUCUGUUGAACACGCUGCGUCAUCCGGGACAAGCCGUGAAAAUAAUCACGGAAAAAACGGGGGAUCACUGCGUGGUCAAGUCGGAGGUACGUAAAAAACACGAGGCUUCGUCACUGUGCGAGGAUGCGCCUGCAAAAAAACCGCUUAAGUCGUCGAAAAGCUUCACGCACUUUCAGGAGAUCGAAGGCGGCCUUAAGCUUACGAAAUCCAACACUAAUUUGAAAGAGUGCAAGAGUUGCGAUGAAAAUUUAAUCAAGUUUAUUUUCACCAAGCACGGUAUACAAGUUAUUAGCGAUGUCGAGACCAUUGUUUAAAAGCAUGGGAAUGAGUUUUAAUGAUUUAAAAGUACUUUAAAAGUAAUUUUAAAAUGUCAUGUAAAGUCGUGAUAGAAUUCAAAAAAUGAGGUUAUGUACUUAUGACAUAUGGUUGUCAGAUAGAUGUAUUUUAUGGCAAAGUACUUUUAAAUUACACUGCAUGUUUUAGAAUUUAAAUUUGGUGUGAAGAUUUCAUAGAAAUAAUUAAAAUACAAAAAUCCUAGGGUUAUAAAUCAAAAUGCUUCUAAAGUAGAUUUUUUAUUUGGACUUUGACAUAUUGAAAAGUAUGAUUUUUUGUUGUUAAUAAGUUAUUAAUUUUCCAAAAAAGACCGCUAUAAACUAUAUCAAAGUUGAUAAAAUAAUAUAAUGAUAAAAAUAAAUUUGUAGUGGUCUACUUAAUUAAGAAAUUUUAACCCAAAAAAAAAAUUAUUGUUUUUAAACGCACUUUUCAGAUAAAAAUACAAACAAGUAUAUAUAUAUAUAUAUUUUAUACUGUCCUAAAUAUCAC